AGCUCUAACAACAAUUUGGCUAGUACUGAAAAUCCAUAGCCAAAUCCAUAGUCAACCAUGGCCGGCUUCCCAGAAAAACCCUAGAAAUCCAAAUCCUCCCUUCCUCUAUUUCAUACCAACCGGGUCAAACCCAAUGCCUAAUUGACCCCCCUCGUUGAAAACAAAACCCAAAGCUCGCGACUUUCUGCGGUUGUUGAGGUUUCUAAUGUCGUCGGAGAUCGAGGUCGUCGAGGAGGAGACCCAGGUAGAUUCGUCGUCGCCGGCGGCCGGAGAAGCGAAUGGGAUUAUCGGGGAGGAGAGCCUCCGGAACGACGUGUACACGGCGGCGGCGUACGGCGAUUUGGAGAAGCUUCAGAGAUUGGUGGAGUGUGAGGGUUGCUCGGUUUCCGAGACCGAUGGGCUUGGCUACUACGCCCUCCAGUGGGCCGCCCUUAACAACCGCACUGCCGCCGCCCAGUACAUCAUUGAGCAUGGAGGAGAUGUGAAUGCAAAGGAUCACGCGGGGCAGACGGCAUUGCACUGGAGUGCGGUGCGGGGUGCUAUUCAGGUUGCGGAGCUUUUGCUGCAAGAGGGUGCAAGGGUGAAUGCCGGCGAUAUGUAUGGCUAUCAGACCACACAUGUUGCGGCCCAAUAUGGUCAGACUGCUUUCCUAUAUCAUAUUGUUUCAAAAUGGAAUGCUGACCCUGAUGUUCCUGAUAAUGAUGGAAGAAGCCCUUUGCACUGGGCUGCUUAUAAAGGUUUUGCUGAUUGUAUACGUCUUCUUUUGUUUCUGGAUGCAUAUAGAGGGCGGCAAGAUAAAGAGGGUUGCACUCCUCUUCAUUGGGCUGCUAUCAGGGGUAACUUGGAGGCAUGCACAGUGUUGGUACAAGCUGGGAAAAAGGAGGACUUGAUGGUUACGGAUAACACUGGCCUUACACCAGCCCAACUCGCUGCUGAUAAAAGCCACAGACAAGUUGCUUUCUUCCUUGGGAAUGCUCGAAGGUUACUUGACAAACGUUGUGAUGGGAACAGUCGUCUUGAACAACUAACGAAACUGGGACUCGCACCAGCUCUUUGGUGUGUCAUCUUUGUGCUCCUUGUGAUCUAUAGUCAUUCGGUUAUCAUGGCACCAAAUCUGCCCAAAUUAACAGCCGGCUCAGUUUUUAUUGCAUGGCUGGGUGUCUUCCUAGCAACUGCAGGGCUGGUUAUGUUCUAUCGGUGUAGCAGUAAAGAUCCCGGUUACAUCCGAAUGAAUAUCCAUGAUUCACAGAAUAUGAAAGAUGAUGAACCUCUAUUGAAGAUUGAGAUAAAUAAUCCGGCCUUGCUAGCUGGUAACUGGUCUCAGCUUUGUGCAACUUGCAAGAUUGUCAGGCCUCUUCGUGCAAAGCAUUGUUCUACAUGUGACCGUUGUGUUGAACAAUUUGACCACCAUUGCCCGUGGGUAUCCAAUUGCAUUGGCAAGAAAAACAAAUGGGAUUUUUUUAUAUUCCUUGUUCUUGAAGUUUUGGCGAUGUUGAUUACUGGAGGAGUUACUGUUACGAGAAUUUGGAGUGAUCCACUUGGUCCUUCUUCAUUUGGAGCGUGGCUUAAUUAUGUUUUUAGAAGUCAUAUUGGUGCUAUAUCGUUUUUGAUUGCUGAUUUCUUCCUCUUCUCUGGUGUGGCCGUCUUGACUGCUGUACAAGCUUCUCAAAUUUCACGGAAUAUUACUACUAAUGAAAUGGCCAAUGCGUUGCGCUAUAACUACCUCAGAGGGCCGGGUGGUCGCUUCAGAAACCCAUAUGAUCAUGGGAUGAAGAAGAACUGCUCAGAUUUCUUGAUCAAGGGCUACAAUGAAGAUGUGGAACUGAUCGAAGAAUCAGCUCGUGAUGAGGGGACUGGAAUGAGGCACAUGAACAAUUCAAACAUGCAAAAUGGGGAUUCUCAUUCUCACCACACAAAUGGCCAUGAUCAUGUUUCAAUCAACGUAAAUUCGAAUGCAUCAGCACAUCUAGGUCAUGUUCAUUCUGCCCAUUGCAGCCAUAGCAAUCAAGGCCAACCCAAAACUGAUAAUGUCCCCUUAGGCUUGGGUCUUGGCCUUGGACGGAAUGCUUCCCGGCCUACUGUGUCUUAGUGUGAUAGUAUACUUCUUGGCCUGAUUGGCUGAUUUUUGCUGAAAAUCUCGUGUAUUAUAAUCAUACUUCAGCGUCAGCUUUUGUAAUGUAAUUGCAUAUUGCUCUUUAGAUGAAAGUUGCCCCACAUUCGUUGAAAUCCAGCUUUACCAGUUUUGAGUAGUCACUAAAAAACAGAGCUGGUGUAUAUUUGGUGGUUCGAAUAUCCCGGUAACAUUCAUUUCGCCAGUGGAAAGGUUUAG